AGAUGAAACAGAUUUUAAUAUUCCAUCAGACAACCUGUUGCUACUGGGGCUCUCAUGUACAUGUUAAUUUAACUAGUGAAAAUUCAAUAAAUAUAUAGUUUAUUAUGUUUAUUAUAUGUCUAAUGGAUGUAAAUGUUUUCGCUUCACCACAUUGUUUCUGUUAUACCACGAAAUAUUCAAGAUAGUGUUUUCAUUUUCAACUUACAAUUAGAUAAAAUGUUGAAGCUUGCUAGAUGUUUUUCCACCUUCUCCCAUCUCUACAACAAUAACAUUCCUAAGGGUCUAGAAAAAAACCAGCUUUACAAGAAGGAAAUUAACAGAUUUGUAAAAGAUAAAGGAAUGUCCAGACAACUAGAACAUCUUGGAAUUGACCGAAUGGACGUUGCUUUACAUCCAGAUCAUAUCAGCUCUGAGACUGAUGUAGAGUCCUUGAGGGAUGAAUCAAAACAAUUCAGAAAACAGUUCAAGGCAGAUGCAAAUCCGGAAAGAGUCAAACAAAUAAUGAUACAAAAGAAAAUGUUCAAGUUUUCAAAGAAGCCAAAUUUAUUAACAUGUGCUGAAAAGGAAACUAUGAGGUAUUUACACCAGAAGGAUCCACAUGAAUGGACAAUAGAGCGUCUGGUUGAGAGCUUUCCAACAGAUAAAUACGAAGUCAAGAAGGUUUUAAAAUCCAAAGGCCCAAGAAGUCAAGAAGUUAUGCAAAAAUUAGACAAUCAAGUGGCAGAAAAUUGGAAACAGCUUAGUAAAGGAAACCUAGAAAUAGAUCUAACUUUUGAAAAACAUCUCAAACAGUUUCAAAGGAUUCCAGUGGUGCUAAGUGAAGAAGAAGAAUCUAAUAUCCUAGAAAAUAUAAAACGUGGUUAUGCUGCUACUACACCGAAACUCCUAGUAGAAGGAGGAGAGUUUACACGGAUAUAUGACGACUACGCCAGGAAGAUUGGAAAACUCACUUCAUGUCCGCUAUUGGAGAAAGAACAAACAGAUCUUGGAGAAAUAAAGGAUUUAUUCGGAGAGAAUAGUUUACCUGGUUCACCUGCUGUAGGAGAAUCCAGUCCUUACGGAGAAACUUCGCUGCUUAACACUAGCUUAAACCUCAGUAAAGAAAAGAGUGUUGAUAUAGAAGGAUUUAGAGACAAGUACCUAAACCAAAAUAAACCAAAACAGAAGGAAACUAAAACCCUAAAACCAUUCUCAAAUGAAAAACCUGGAAUAAAGAACGCACAAGAAUUGUACGAGGCAUGGUACAGAACUCAGGAAGAUAAACGUCGUCUUGUUUCUAAACAGAUUCAGCACGUUAACGUUGACGAAAUUGUCAGCGCUGAGGCGGCUAUAGAGCCUCUAGUGCCGGCCUCGAAGUGGGUGAGGAAGGAGGAGGAUGUGAAGGUUUACCAGGACGUAAAUCAGAGGACGGGUCAGGAUGAAAUAUACCUGUUCUCAGAGGAUAAAGGGUCGAGCUCUAUAUCUGUUUCAUCCUCUCCGGAUUUUAUAAAAAUUCCAGAAAAUCUUAAACACAAAUUUAAUUUUUUCCAGGUGAAUGAUAGUGUUUAUGACGCUGAUGGAGAAUUCUUGUACAGAGUUCCAGGACUUCAGAAAUAGAAAAGUUUUUAAGCGAAAAUAAAAUAAAAAGUUUUCUGAAAUUUA